AUGCUUCUCUAUUUAGAUGAGGAUAUUGAUUGUUCAACAUUGGUUCUACUACAGCAGAAUGAUGUUUGCGAAAUAUUUCCUCGAAUGAAAGAUCGUGUUAAAUUCAUUGAUCAACGUUUAAAAUUAGUCUCAAGUUGCAAUAGUCCAAGUGAAAAUAAUACAUGCGCAACUGAUUUAUUUCAUUCGACGUCAUCAUUAUCUCAAGGUGUUGAUGAAUCUCAAGAGAAUGAUUCACCAAAUUCAUCAUUCGUGCAUGGAAAUAAGCAAGCUGAUAAUGUUCAUGAAACCGCACUUUCCGAUUCUUCAUCAAACCUAUAUACAUCAGUGAAUGAUGAUAUUUCACCUCAGCCAAAACUACCACUUGAUUAUGAAGGUCCACAUAUAACUUCUCGAAUGAAACAAUUUAUUGAAGACCAAAAUCUUUCAAAGUUUAGCGCACAUACAAAAUUGCGAAGUGAAUUAUUAUCAUUACUUUUCGAUGAUGUAACGAAUCAAUAUCAGUUGAUUUAUCCAUCCAACAAUGAAUAUUUGGCAAUGGCCAAAGCUAUUGUGAAGAAAAUGUGUGUUCCACCAGCAUUAAUUCCGCAGCAUAUAGAAAGAAAAAGUAUGAUCGAGCAAGCUGAACGUCGAAUAGAUGAUAUAAUCUUGGCUGAAGUCAAAGAAUGUGCUGGUAUUGAUAUGGAAGAAAAUGUGAAUGAACUAUUACCAAAGCUCUUUGAUUGCCUACCAGAUAACAAUUAUUCUCUAUCAGAUGCUUUACCUAUUCGAAUUAUUCGUAUCCUAUGCAAGUUAUUCGGCGAUCCUGUCGCUAAUAUUUUUACAUAUGGGGAUCCACUUGUGCCAUAUCCAUGUAUGAAAAUUCAUGAUGAUAAGUUUGCGCUUUACUUGGACUUUUGUUUGAUAACAGAAACUACCUCGUGUUCUAUUGCUCUUGCUCUUCUUAUAUCAUUCUAUUAUGUCUUCGAAGUUCGAUUUGGUCCACAUAACCGAUCUUCUCGUCUGCUUUAUGGGACUGCUGAACCAAUAAUUGAACAAACUGAACAAGAACAACAUGCUUCGUCUGAUUUAAACUCUCCUGGGUCAACUGAUACUGAAAAUCAACCGUCUAAUGAUCAAAAUGACGAUAAUCUUAGUGUAGCAACAAAUUCUAAGAAUGAAAAACGUUGUAAUCAUUUAGCAAAUGCUUAUCCUCCUCCAAAACCUCAACGCAACUCAUCAGUGAUGCUUCAAAAAGAAAUAACGUCGUCAAUAUUUCUUCAAACCGCUUCCAACAAUAACUGCUCACGGCAAACUAUAAUCAAUCAGAUUGAUCAAUCUUCGUUAAAACAACCAUGUUCAAUUAAACAAAAUACAUUCGCAGAAUCCGAAGAACAUCAUCCACAUGCUAAAAGAAAACGUAAACAACCGGAAUCUUCAUCCUCAUCCACAACGACAACAACAACAACAACGAAAAAUUCAGCAAGACUUCUCGCAAAACGAGCUCGAAUAGACUAA